UAGGUUAAUUAUGUCCAGUGGGAGGAGGUUUGUGUUCAACUUAAAGAAGGCAUUUGCCUGAAUCCUGUCAAGAAACUCACAGUGUCUGUUAGUGGUGUUUGUUAAAUGGACAGUUUUUGACAGAAGUAUUUUUAUGACAAGCAAACCGGUGAGAUUUAUUUGGUUCUUGUACUUAGUCAUGAAAUCUUCGCGGAUAUUUACGAAGGUCUACAUGAAGUAGACGUUUUGUUUAGCUAGCAAGGUAGCGGCAAUGCGCUAACACCAGCUGAUAUAUUAACGACAUGGCUCUUAGAGGCCCGAUUUAAUCGGGACUCAAAAGGAGUCUGUGAAGCUAACAGUGCUAUAACCUUUAGAUAAGUGCUUUUGUUGUGGCAAACAGAGGGUUGUCGUUGCUGCAGUGCUAACAAUAGCUGCUCAGCUAGUGUCUUCGGCUUACUGGAGUUCGUGAUAGGAGCUAAACGCUCCUCUCUUCAACACUGUGUUUGAUCACAACAAACAGACGUAGAUGCUGUCUGAGCUCUGACCCCAGAAAGUUGAUUUCUGCUUCGUGGUGAGGCCAUGGCUGCUGUCAACAUCACCAGGGAGAUCCUGCACAGGCAGAUCAGGGACAGGAGAGCGCCGAGCUUCCAAAGGUCUUUUCAUGUAACUGACCCCUUCAUUAAGAGACUUGGACUGGAAACUGAGCUCCAGGGCCAUACUGGCUGUGUGAACUGCUUGGAAUGGAACGAAAAAGGAGACCUGCUGGCUUCGGGCUCAGACGAUCAACAUGCCAUCAUCUGGGACCCAUUCAGACACAAGAAGCUUACAACUAUGCACACGGGUCAUGCUGCAAAUAUAUUUUCUGUCAAGUUCCUGCCUCACUCUGGGGACAGGAUCUUGGUAACAGGCGCAGCUGACACAAAGGUCCAUGUCCAUGACCUGACCGUGAAGGAAACCAUCCACAUGUUCUCUGAUCACACCAACAGAGUGAAGCGCAUUGCCACAGCACCAAUGUGGCCCAACACCUUCUGGAGUGCUGCAGAGGACGGCAUCAUCAGGCAGUAUGAUCUGCGGGAGAACAGUAAACACUCUGAGGUUCUGAUCGACCUGACGGAGUUCUGCGGUCAGCUGGCUGAAGCCAAGUGUCUCGCAGUCAAUCCACGGGACAACAACUACCUGGCAGUGGGAGCCAACGGGCCUUUUGUUCGUCUCUAUGACAUCAGGAUGAUUCACAACUACAGGAAAUCGUUGAGCCAGAACACAUCAGCGGCUGUUCACACUUUCUGUGACAGGCAGAAGCCCAUCCCUGAUGGAGCCGGGCAGUACUAUGUAGCAGGCCACCUGCCAGUGAAACUCAGAGAUUACAACAACCGCCUGAGAGUCCUGGUGGCCACCUAUGUUACCUUCAGCCCCGACGGCACAGAGCUGCUCGUUAACAUGGGUGGGGAACAGGUCUAUCUUUUUGACUUGACGUUUAAGCAGAGGCCGUAUACGUUUGUGCUUCCAAAAAUGUGCCAGUCAACAACAGAUGUCCAGAAUGGAAAGACGACAAACGGCGUCUCUAAUGGCAUCCACUUACCGCCCGGCCACAUUCGCUUUACAGAAAGCAAAACACAGUCCAGUUUUACGGAGCUUUCUCCUCACUUGGAGAAAAUAAAGCAACAGGCCAAUAACGCAUUCGCCCGCCAGCAAUGGACGCAGGCCAUCCAGCUGUAUAGCUUAGGCAUUCACGAGGCCAGGGGCAACGCCAUGCUGUACGGGAACCGGGCUGCAGCCUAUAUGAAGCGCAAAUGGGAUGGAGACCAUUAUGACGCCCUCAGGGAUUGCGUGAAGGCUCUCGCCCUGAACCCAGGACAUCUGAAAGCACAUUUCAGGCUGGCACGGUGUCUGUUUGAGCUGAAGUAUGUGGCCGAGGCUCUGGAGUGUUUGGACGAUUUCAAAGGAAAGUUUCCUGAGCAAGCGCAUAGCAGUGCCUGUGACGCCUUGGAUAAAGACAUCAAGGCUGCUCUUUACUCCAAGUCGGAUUCAGAAGAUAAAAAGGGCAACAGCUCCAUUCGUUUCCAGUCGUUCAGCCGGAAAGAGUCCAUCCCUGAGGACGAGGUGGUGUUGAGGGAGCGCAGUUUUGACUACAAGCACAGAUACUGUGGUCACUGCAACACCACCACCGACAUCAAAGAGGCCAACUUCUUCGGGAGCAAGGGCCAGUACAUCGUCAGCGGCUCGGAUGAUGGCUCAUUUUUCAUCUGGGAAAAAGAAACGACUAACCUGGUGAGGAUCCUUCAGGGAGAUGAGUCAAUAGUCAACUGCCUGCAGCCGCACCCAAGCUACUGCUUCCUGGCUACUAGUGGGAUUGACCCUGUGGUACGAUUAUGGAACCCCAGACCAGAGACCGACCGUGACAACGGGCGCGUGGUGGAGGACAUGGAGGGAGCUGCUCAGGCGAAUCAGCGGCGAAUGAAUGCCGAUCCGUUAGAGGUAAUGCUUCUGAACAUGGGUUAUCGCAUCACAGGCCUGCGUGGCGUCGGCCCCGACGGUUCAGACGACGAGGACAGCUCGGAGGGGCCGGUGCAGUGCAGGACGAGCUAAACAGACCGCCGUGCGUUCUGUAGAACGGCUUCAGGAAGCAGACGACUCUCCCAGACUCCGCUUUUAACACCUGAACCCUGCUUCCGCUGACAGAACAUCAGCCGUCUGCCGUGUCACCUACCUGCACUAUGCACCGCCUUCCCUUCGUCCCACGCCAGGGCUGGUGGCACUUUUUAGGAGAGGAAUUGACGAAAAGGCAGCAGCUCCCUUCUCAUGCUUUCUAAGUACCAACAGCGCCCGCUCCGCUGUGACGGCGGGCGGGAACGGCUUUUGAGGAGAGCGCCUUCCACAUCACUCCCCAGUUUCUCACAAGGAAGGAGGUGUGCAGCACUUAUACCUUCUCAGGUUUUUGUCGGAGAGUCUCGCAACACAAGGCGGAAGCGGCGUGGGUUCCUUUGACCUAUUUUCAGGUCACAGAACAGAUCUACUGUCUUCUCCACGGAUGGAGCGAAGCGUCCCAGCGUCCCGCUCCAGACGGAAGAGCCGCACGCACACGCACACACACACACACACACACACGUCGCUGAUGCUACGUUGGACUCGGAUGGAGUUUGCAUUACAGGAAGUCAUGGAACGAAGAGUAGCUCCUCAUGUUGUGAAGAUUGUUGCUGAGAUAAAAUGUAUUUAUAGUUUGAACUGUCAGGAAAAACAAGAGUUUCUUCUGCCAAAGUUUACCAUCUGUGUUUUAAACAGCCAAGGAUUAAUGUUUAGGUUCUCUCUGUUUUAUUCUGACCUAAUUUGGUUCAUUUUAGUUUAGAGCUUAUAAAAAUGCAUAUAAAAUGAGUAGAUUGUUGACAAGGGAGUAUUUGUAACACAAAUAACUUUGUAACAUUUUUUUUUCUUUUCGAUUUCACUCUAUUUGCAUAUAAGAUGAAAUUUCAAACUUUUUUAGGAAUAAGCAGGAGAUUUGUGUUAUAACUUGGCUCAAAUAGUCGUGACCAUGGAGUUCCUGGCUGCAUGGCUUCCCCGUUUGUCCACUGUUGCCGGUUUUUCAGCUUGCAUGAGGCUUCUCACGACGAAGCGGUGACGUUAAUUAAAAAAUAAAUAAAUAAAUAAAUGCACAGCUGCACCUCAUCAGGAGUACAGCUCACUGAAUUUCCUUUGACCCCCAAUUAAAAUAACAUGGCUUCCAUGUGUUUUACUUUCA